UUAGUUUGCGGAAGUCAUUGUUUGAACGUGUCGUGUUCAAGAAAGGAGACAAGGAAGAAGUUCUUUUUAAGUAUUUUAUAGAACAGCUUAUUGUCUGUGGGCAUACAAAAGGAUUAAACCGUGUGCUGCGUGACUGUCACAGCAGUGCAUUAUGUAUGUUUAGCUCCUCACAGUGAAAUCUGAUGGUACGGCUAGUCCGAGUGGUGAAUGAUGUCUGAGUCCAAAUAUCUGCCUAUAUAUAAGCAUAAAGCCAAACUUAUUCAAGCUGUAAAAGACAGCACUUUUCUAGUUGUCACCGGUGAGACUGGCAGCGGGAAAACCACUCAACUUCCUCAGUACCUGCACGAAGCUGGUAUUAGUAAAGAUGGCACAAUUGGUGUUACCCAGCCCCGCCGUGUGGCUGCCAUCACUGUGGCCCAGAGAGUAGCCCAAGAGAUGAAGUGCACUCUGGGCAGAGAGGUUGGCUACCAAGUACGCUUCGACGACUGCACAUCACAGGACACAGUGGUGAAGUACAUGACAGAUGGCUGUUUGCUUAGAGAGAUCCUGGCAGAUCCUUUCCUGUCCAAGUACAGUGUUGUAAUCUUGGAUGAAGUCCACGAGCGCAGCCUCAAUACGGAUAUUCUCCUAGGUUUAUUGAAAAAAGUCUUCUCUGAUCCUGCCAAGUCCACCAGGGGCCGAUCUUUCCCUCUGAAGGUGGUGGUGAUGUCAGCCACCUUAGAAACAGAUAAACUUUCAGCCUUCCUAAGUGACUGUCCAGUCUUUCAAAUUCCUGGGAGGACUUAUCCGGUUACCUGCACAUUUGGUUCAGCUGUAGGACCAAAAGACAUAGAGAGCACUGGUUACAUAAAAGAGGUAGUCAAAAUAGCCUUUGAUGUGCACACAAGUGAAAUGGCGGGGGACGUUCUUGUGUUUUUGACAGGACAAUCAGAGAUUGAGCGAGCUUGUGACUUGUUGUAUGAGAAAGCUGAGUCGAUUGAUUACCGCUACGAUGUUCAGGACCAAACAGUCGAUGGACUUCUCAUUUUGCCACUUUAUGGAUCCAUGCCCACUGAUCAACAGAGGCAGAUCUUCCAGCCUCCGCCUCCAAGGAUAAGGAAGUGUGUGGUGGCCACUAACAUUGCAGCAACAUCCCUCACCAUCGAUGGCAUAAAGUACAUUGUGGACAGUGGGUUUGUGAAGCAGCUCAACCACAAUUCAAGGGUGGGCAUGGAUAUCUUGGAGGUGGUGCCUAUUUCAAAGAGCGAGGCUCAGCAGAGAGCAGGUCGAGCUGGAAGAACCUCAGCUGGGAAAUGCUUUCGCAUCUACAACAAGGAAUUCUGGGAGAAGAGCAUGCCCGAGUAUACAGUUCCAGAAAUCCAAAGGACAAGUUUAACUGCAGUAAUACUCACACUCAAGUGUCUGGGCGUUCAUGAUGUCAUUAGGUUCCCUUACCUUGACUGUCCAGAAGAAAGGUUUAUUCUUGAGGCGUUAAAACAGCUCUACCAAUUUGAUGCCAUCGACAGGACAGGUAGAGUGACCCACCUUGGGGAGCUGAUGGUAGAGUUCCCCCUGCAACCAGGCCUUACCAGGGCCUUGCUCAAAGCUGCCUCUCUCGACUGUCAGGACUUGCUUCUCCCUGUGGCGGCCAUGCUGUCAGUGGAGAACAUUUUUAUCCGACCAGGCCACCCUGACAAGCAGAAAGAGGCAGAUAAAAAGCACAGAGCACUGGCUUCCAGGACUGGCAGCAUGAACGACUUUGCCACUCUCCUCAGUGUGUUUCAUGCAUGUAAAUCCAGUGACAGACCCUCAGGCUGGUGUAAAGACAAUUGGAUCCACUGGAGGGCUCUGAAGUCAGCUUUCAGUGUGGAGACUCAGCUCAGAGAGAUCCUCCUUCGCCUCCAACAGAAGAGCGAUUUCCCUGUUGAAACAUUUGAUGGCAACAAGAGUGAACUCUUGAGACGAUGCCUGUGCACAGGAUACUUCACCAAUGUUGCCAGAAGAUCUGUUGGCAAGGUUUUUUGCACAAUGGAUGGCCACGGAUCCAUGGUCCACAUUCAUCCAUCAUCAGCACUGUUUGAUCAGGAGGAUGAGCUCAACUGGGUCGUCUUUCAUGAUGUGCUGGUGACCUCACGUGUUUACAUCAGGACGGUUUGUCCUAUUCGAUAUGAAUGGGUGAAGGACUUACUACCUAAACUCCAUGAGGUGGAUGUCUAUGAGCUGAGCAAUGUGGCAAGAGAAGAAGUGACGGAUGACGAGAUGAAACAAUGGGAGAGCAGGGAAGCAGCCAAAAGACAAUCAGAGGUUUCUAAGGAGGAUGUCAUGAAGAAGUUGGAGAGGAGAAACAAUGAAACUACUGUCAACGAUGCCCGUGCUCGCUACCUGCAAAGAAAGCAACAAAGACAACAAAGUAAAGCUCCUUGACAAAACAUUAUUUAGGACACAAUGCAUACAAGGAGGAUUCAUUUUUGUAUAUGAUAUUUGAUUAAAAAAAAAAAAAACAUUUGUUA